UUUGUUAAAAAAGAUUUAAAAAUUCCGAAAAUACUUUUAUUUUAUGCUCUUUAAUUUCCUCUUUUCAUUAAACCCGGCGGAGAUAAUAAAUUCCAAAUACUUUAGGAGAUAUCGAAUUUUUUAAUUUUCAUCACAAUACCUGCCAUGCGGCCACCAUUGUUUCUUGUUUACGAGUAUGAUUUUUUUUUUUUCGCAACGUAGGUGAACGACUACGUGAUUUUCUACUAAUGGCAAAGGAAUUGUACUGGUACCCGCCUCUAACUUAGAUGAGUUUUUAACGUUUCAAAUUUUAAUGUUUUAUUUUUGUUAUUUUGAUUUGUUGCUUAAGUAAUAAGUUAAAAAAAAAUUACACGCCAUUCUUUGAAAUGGGUAGGAGAGGAAUCAGAUAUUUCAAGGACCAGAGUUAUGAGAAAUUGCUCAAGCAUCACAAGAAGCUGGGCUGCUUGUUCAACGACCCGUUAUUUCCCCCCACCAACUCGAGCAUCGGCAACAUAAAAGAUCUUCCCACGAAUAUUGUGUGGAAAAGGCCAAACGAGCUGGUUGAAGCACCAUGCUUGUUUGGGAAGCACAUGGUCUCCAGAACCAUAGCCAAGGGACAUCUGAGCAGUGCGUGGAUGAUAUCUGCUUUCUCGAUGCUUGCAGGAAUGAAAGAAAUAUGUCACAAGGUGAUUCCAGACUACCGGACGCAAGAGUGGGACCCCGAGAAGCCGGCGGACCACCUGGGCAUCUUCCACUUUCGGUUCUGGAGGUUUGGCUCGUGGGUGGAUGUGGCUGUGGAUGACCUGCUUCCCACUGUGGACGGCCAGUUGCUGUUCACGCAGUCCUGCCACGAGCACGAGUUCUGGACCUCGCUCGUCGAAAAGGCUUACGCCAAGUUGCUGGGAUCGUAUGAAGCCCUUCUGGGAGGUCACCUUUGUGAUGCGUUGGUGGAUUUCACUGGUGGCGUGACUCAGACAAUCGACCUGGCAGUCGGAGCACUUCAAGACAUAGAGGAGAAACGGAAUGACCUGUUUGAAAUGAUGCAGAAUGAAAUGAACUCUGUCUUGUGUGCCACCAUUGCUGUUUCAGACGAGCAGGAGGCCGGUAAGCGAACCGAAGUAGGGCUGACCAAAGGCUAUGCGUACCCUAUCACCGGGGUGAAGAAGGUUCACUUGGGAGAGACAGGCCUCAGACAGUUGUUCAGUGGUCGUGAAAAAUUUGCAAUGGUGCGUUUACUGGAUCCGAGAGGAAUUAGGAUAUGCUCUACUCCAAAAAGUGUCGAAGGCAGUGGAGAAUAUGCUUUCUCCACCUCAGAGUUAUCAAAAUUGUUGUCUACUAAUCCAGAGUGGGCAAAAGUCAAAGACUCUCAAAGAGAAAGGAUUGGAUUAACCUUUAAUGAAGAAGGAGAAUUUUGGAUGCCUCUGGAGGACUUUGUGAGCCACUUCACGGACCUGGUCGUCUGUCGCUUGGUGCCCUCGAACAUAUUCGCUGUGGGCCGGCGUUGGGCGGAGUUCUCCGCCGCUGGCACCUGGUCAUCUGGGAUGAAGGGGACUUCUUCCGACCGGUCUGGAGGCUGUUCCGCCUUCCCGGACAGCUUCCUCAGGAACCCACAGUAUGUGUUUGACAUAAAGCAUGAAGAGGAGGAAAUAAUGGUUCAACUUCUGCAAGGUGACCUGAAUCAGCAAUCAUCAGUUGAUGGUCACUCACUUCUCAUUGGCUUCUCCAUCAUCAAGGUGGAAAUGAACCGCAGGUACCGCCUGCACAAGCUGUGGGAGCACACGCCGUACGUGGUGCGUUGUGAGCCAAUACGUCGCAGACAGAUAUUCUACCGAGGCGUGCUGAGCUGCGGGCGGUACAUCAUCAUGCCAGUCACGCACAAGCCUGGGGACAACGGGCACUACCUGCUGCGACUCUUCGCGGCCAACAACAUUCAACUGAGGGAACUGAAGAGUGAUGUGCCGAAGCUGCCAGUGUUCUGGUGCUGCACCCAGGGUCCACAGUGGGUCACUGUCGUCAACAUAGUGUCGGCAAACCAGUUGAAGAGGGCUGAAAUGUUCACAUCUGUGAAUCCAUACUGCAGCAUCAAGUGUGAAGGUGAAACGUUCCGAACGCCAGUCGCCAUGAACACCAGCGAGCCAGAAUGGAACUGUUCCUUUGUAUUUUACCGCAAGAAAACGGAGAAGCCGAUAGAAAUUGUGGUGUACAGUCAGCGCACUCUGUGGAUGGACAGGUUCUUGGGGAAGGUGCUGCUGCCAGCCACGAGGAACCACGAGCCCUCGCACAUUCAGGCGCAGCUGAUGUGCAAGGGGAAGGCUGAAGGCGAGGUCGCAGAGGGCAACCUUGUUCUUAACAUCCUUACCGACGACAACCUGAUGGCUGUCUAAUGACCACGCAUCUUGUUUUUAGUUUUUCAACCACCGCUUUGCUGUUUUUGUUGGCAACUCAGUCCAAAUUUGCAAACUUUUCAGUAUGAAUAUUACAUUAUGCCAUUGUACAAAAAAAAACUUUUGAAGGUUGCUUGAAACAAGAGUGAAAAACCUUUAUUAAUGACUUUUUUUUCUCUAAGUUGCAUUUAUGUGGUCAGGUGCCUUUAGCAAGAUAGUUUGUAACAAAGCAUAUUUGACUGGCAGCUAUGCAAGCCUAUUGUGUGUAGCCUGUAAACCCAAACAUUUACAGACCUGAUACUUUGUUGCAAUUAUUCUUGCAUGUUGUUGGUGAAAUUGUAAAAAGGAAACACACAUGUUUGCCUUCACGAGAUUGGUGGUACUUCAUGUCUCAUGAAAUGAAUUUCAAGGCAACAUGUACAACUGUGUGCACAAUCUGUGACAUGCCUUAGUCACAUCUAAGCCUUUGUCUUGCAUAAAAUAUAAACAGUAUUAUAAAAGCUGCCUUCAAACUAAAUUCAAGCCAACUAAACUUAUUUAAAUUAAUUUUAAAGUAGAAUUUUAUGAAGUACAUAUUGUACUAGACACAAAUUAUGUCAUAAAUUUGAUUAUAAAUAAUUUUGCUCUAUGAUGAAUGUUUUUGAAGUGUCAGUUUGGAAUUUGAUAACUUGGGAUAGUUUCUUGCUUACAUUGUACUAAAAGAUUUGUGGUGUUUUGCUGUUCUCUUCACAGCAUUAAACACAAGGUAUUCUUAAAGCUUUAAUGCUUCAGAAACUCAUCCGUACUUCUUUGGUAUCUGCAAAUGGGUGCAUGUCAAAUUCAUGACUUGUUAGAGAAAGUGAAAUAGGUGGUCAUUAGACCAGUGCUACCUUGAAAUUUAAAGAAAACAUCUGGAUGCAUGGUAUUCUUAAGAUACCUACUUGCCUGUUCAUUUUCUGAUUUUUUUUUUGUAAAGGUGCCUCUUGGUAAGUGAUGAGAUGCCAUAGAUGUGUUUUAAUUUUAACUUAAACAUGACUAAAUCUAGUCAUUAUUACAUGCUGUAUGUGGAAUGGCAUUCAACAUAAUUACUCAACAUUCCAAAAGAAAUUGGUGGGUUUAUACAUAUUUAUUUGUAACGCAUGAGACGUGACUUGUUCAAGAAAUUCUGUGCUUCUUAUUUACUGGUAAACUUUAGGAUUUUUUAUUUGGAGUCUUUGAGUGUAUGAUUGUUUUUUAUUUGCGUGGCUCUUGAUUAAGGUUUUUCUAGCUGCUGGUGGUUUGUGAGUAUCGUGAAUGUUCUCUUCUGAGUUUACCUGUUGCUUUUGGUUUUUCCAAAUGGUCUGUCAUUAGCAGCUUAUGAAGUAGAAUUUUUUUAUGUUGAAAAAAUGUUUGAAAGCUAGGUGUCAAAUUCUCUUUGUCUUCCCAUCUGCACUGGCAGAUUUGUACCAUGACCAUUGACUAAAAUUUUGGGAAUUACCGUAAAAUAGUGAUAUAACGAACUUCACAUUAACGAUAAUUUCACUUUAAGGAAUGAUUUGAAAUUCCUCUCCAAUGACUGUACACAUACAAGGUUAAAAUAUUUCAAAUUUACGAAAUAGAUUUUCGUUACAACGAAAGAAUUUUACCGGUUUUCUUCGUCAAUAUCAUGCGCAUUUACCGAAUAUUUAGUCUAUGCGUCAAAAUAUUUACUUACUGUCAUUCUCUUGGCAUAAUAUCAAUGAUUCAAGCAUUCAAUGGCUUUAUUUUGUUGUCUAUUUACAUUGAAAAUGGCAUUGCAAAGUGUGAUGUGCAUUUGUUUUCUUUUUUUCUACCCAAGAUAUGACCAACUGCUUUUACUCGCGGCCAUAGACUUAAAAAAUACACUACUAGUAGUAGGAACUGUAUGUUUAGAUGUGCGCACUUCACUUAUUUUAUUUGUGGCGAGAUACGGCCAACGGCUUUUCCAUAGCGGCAACAUUUAUGAAAAACUUACACAAAGUUAACUCACUGGAAAACUAGAUGCCGCUAAAAAUGGCAAUAUCAGCGACUCAAUGGUUUCCAUCUUCUGCACAUAUCUUUCAGUCUUUGGUCUGUUCGGUUUCCGUUUCCAUUAUUGAUUGUUUACAUUUUGUUGCCGUCAGUGAUUUUCAGUGACGUGCUGUAUUUAUUUAUGCAUUUAUUAUUUUUCUAACCAAGUUUCAGUUUAAUUUUUAUCAUCAUGGACAAUUAAAAAAAAAGGAAACAGUAUUCUUCAAAAGAAAAAAAUGGAAAUCUUGUAGGAAGUAAACAAAGGCACAAAAAAAUCACACGUAAGGGCCGUAUUCGAAUUAGUGUCUCGGCUUAAAAAAACGGCACUGCCUUGCCAUUAGUUCAGGUCAUUUCCAACAGCUGAAGAGAGAAAGAUAAGAUCGUGCUGAUCUAGCACACAUAAAUUUUGGGUAGGCGUCUCCCCUAUUCGUCCAGCCGAAUGCCAGCCAGACACGUCACUCGCCAGGCGCCUGCCGUGCGUUGGCAGGCGGAAAGUAAUUCAGCAGCACGUGAAACAAAAUUCAAACAAACAGGAGACGAGAAGCAGAAGUCAGGACAUCCCCCUCAAGUUUAAAGAGUGACAAAUAUGACAACUGAAAGGGGGGCAACACAAAGGGUCGGUACAAACAGCCUUGCAGAGUUUGGCGGCCCACACGAUGGCUUGCAGUGUUUGCCGGCCGCGGGCCCGCGUGACGUUAAUUUUAAGCGCUGACAAUUUUUACUUCUCUUUUUUUUUCUGCACUUUUAAUCGUCCUGGAUUAUUCAAUUCCCGAAUUAGCGCAUCACGGAUUAACAAGAUUCUACUGUAUAUUCUUUUACAGAGAUUGAAAUUAUUUAAUGUUUUUCUCAUGGGAAUAGUAUAUGUACGUUGGGAUAUUUCAGUUUAAAGAAAUUUCAGUAUAAAGAACAAAAUCUCUUGCUUUAUAAGACUUGGUUAUAACGAGAUUUUACUGUACUGUCUCAUAUCUUCCAUACUUAUUUUACUCUUUUACCAGUUUAUGUUGAUUGCAUUCUUAUGCUUGGAAAAUGUUGCUGUUAACUUAGCCUUCAGCAAACCUGUUUGCAGAGUAAAUGCUUGAUUAUUAUAAUUUGUGAGCAGUAGGUAAUGAUCAAAAUACUGUGUGUGACUUAUUCAUGCAGGGAUUUUAUGAAAAUGUAGAUAACCUAUUUUUGAAUACAUACGUGUUUGUGAAUGGUGAAGGAAUAUUAGAAAGAACUGCUGAUUUGUUAUCCAGAUAAGUUGCUAACAUUUACUCUACGACCUGUCAUAACUUGAGGUAUAACAUGUAAGGUGGCCAUUUCCCUAAUUGGUAGGAGUAAUAUGUUACAGUGAGCCAUAGUCCCAACAAAUGCAAGUAAAUUGUAAAUUAAACUAAAUGAAACUCAACUUACACAUUUUAUAUUUUUAUCCCUAAAGAUUCAAAAUUCUCUGAAUAGCCCUAUGUUAGUAAGUUGCUGGUACCAAAGGUGUGGAACAAGUAGUUUAAAGAAAAAUUUCUGUUUAAUAUUCUAUAUUAAUCAUACACAUAUUAUUAUUUAUAAAAUGUGCAUGAUUAAAAUUAAUUUAUAUUAUGCCCUCAAUUAUACUUCAUUUAUUGUGAUAUAUAUUUACUUUAAAAUCCUAAA